AUGGUAUCGCCUCCAAAGCCCUGGGAGCGCGCAGGCGCAACAGCGACAGCACCUGCGCUGCCAGCCACAACAUCUACAUCCACUCCGACGCCAGCAGCGGCACCAGCAACCUCAUCAACACAACCGACAGUUCCCGACCGCCCAGCAUCAUUUGGGACAGCAACAUCGUCAACUCUGGCCUCUCCUUACUCCUCUUAUGGCGCAUCCCCGUACUCAAGGAUGGGGGUUGGAGGGGUUGGGGGAUAUGGCACAGGAUAUGGCGGUCUCGGAUCCUAUGGUGGUUUGGGGUCGUCCUACAGUGGUUUAGGGUCGUCCUAUGGGGGAUACGGUGGUUUAGGCAGCUACGGCGGGAUGGGCUCGUAUGGUGGAUACGGCGGGUACGGCUCUUACGGCGGACUGGGAGGCUACGGGAUGGGAGGUAUGGGGGGUAUGGGUAUGAUGGGUCCGAACGGUGUACCUAUUGGGCCAGACGGACAACCCCUGCCACCGUCGCUCACACAAACCCUCGAGUCGACGACCCAACACACCUUUGCGCUGCUGCACUCUAUCGUACAGACCUUCACAGGCGUCGCUCAGAUGCUCGAGUCGACCUUCAUGGCGACACACUCGUCCUUCUUUGCCAUGGUCGGUGUCGUCGAUCAGUUUGGGCAGCUGCGCAACGCCCUGGGUAGUGUGCUGGGGCUCUUUGGCCUCCUACGGUGGAUGAAGGAGCUCUUGACAGGAAGAGGCAGCGGAGGCCCAACAGGCGGCCUCAACAACGAGUUCCGUGAUUUCGUCAAUGGUCGACCGGUUCAAGGCCCUGCAGGUCCACCCGCCCCCAAGGCGAGCAAGAAACCCCUUAUCAUCUUCCUCCUCGCCCUCUUUGGUGUUCCAUACGCCAUGACCAAGCUCAUUCGUAUCCUCUCCGACCGUGCUAAGGCUCAGGCCGCCGCCAAUGGUGGUGUGCUACCCGGCCAACUUCCCCCACUCGACCCAUCGUCACUCACAUUCGCACGUGCCCUCUAUCCUUUCACGCCCUCAAAUCCCAACGAGCUCGCGCUCAAGGACAACGAGAUCGUCGCAAUCACAGGCAAACUCGAUCCUCGUACUGGAGCCGAGGUCGAUCCCCGAAUGGAAGUCGAUGGCGAGUGGUGGAAAGGGCGCACACGAGAUGGUAGGGAGGGUUGGUUCCCUAAAAAAUGGGUCGAGGUCCUUCAACGACGACAGCCUGAAGAGCCAAAGAAGAUCGAUUAG